AUGGUGAUGGGGAUGAAUGAGCAUGAGGGUGACCCACCCGAUCAGACCUCGACGUUCACCCCCGAACUAUACCUGGGCGUCACCCUUCUUCGUCGGGCGGGAGCCUUGCGUCUCGCCGACACUUUUGCAGGACAAGGUGCCGUCGACGGGGUUCCCGUCUUGCUUCGACUGUUGGAAGUGACACCAGCACCCGUAUCAGGUCAUCAAGGUCAUCAAGAUCACGUGGGUCCAGCUCAGACUCGGACCUUUAACAACCACGUCCGUGCCGACAAGCAUGACAGGCAGGAGAUCAAGGAUGAAUCGUAAUCCCCCGUCUUUUACCCAAAAUCCCCCAAGGUUGGCAAAGGGCGAAGGGGAGGGAGAAGGAGGAGCCGGAAAGAUCCGAAAGGAAAAGUUUUAUCCAAAAAAGUGUGACGCGGAGGGAGAGAAGACGCGCCUUGCCACAUGGCCGGACAAAAGACGAGACACAGACGGACAAAGACACAGACACGAGAGAUGCCGC